AUGGGAAUGCUGAGGACAUUGGUGGCCCUUCUGCUCCACCUGGCUGCCUCCCUGGCGGCCCCAGUGCCAUGUGAAGAGAAAGUGGUCCGACUGGAAGCCGAGAUCCAGGGACUGAGGGAGGUCAUCAACGACCAGCAUCACUACAUCCAGGAGCUCCAACAGAGCCAGGCCCAGCAGCUGGAGCACAUACCCAACUCUCACCUGGGCCCUGACAACCUCUACAGAGACUGCUCCGAGGUGUUCGCAGAUGGUAAUGUGGCUAGCGGGCUGUAUGUGAUACGUCCAGACGGCUCUUCCACCGCUCUGAGCGUCUACUGUGACAUGAACAAUGGAGGAGGGUGGACAGUCUUCCAGAGGAGGAGAGAUGGCAAGGAGAGCUUUGACAGGGCGUGGGUGGAGUACAAGAAUGGCUUUGGUGAUUUAUUUUCUCCUAAUGGAGAAUUCUGGCUGGGCAAUGAAGCUCUGCACUAUCUCACCUCACAAGGAGACUAUGACCUGCUUAUCAACAUGGAAGACUUUGAGGGGAAUCAGCGCUUUGCAGAAUACAAAAACUUCAAAGUUGGCGAGGAAAAGGACCAGUACCAGUUACAUCUGGGGGAGUACACUGGGACUGCUGGGAAUGCCCUGGCUGACACCAAUGGCCCCCCUACUGCUGAGCAAAAAUGGACCGGUCCAGGCAUGGGGUCAAACGGGGUCAAAUUCAGCACCUAUGACCACCUGAAUGAUGCUGCUGGUGAUGUUGAGAAUGAGGAUGUCAGAUGUAUCAGACACAGCAGGUCGGGCUGGUGGUUCAGCAGGUGUGAUUCGGGCAACCUGAAUGGUCAUUACUACAAUGGACCAUACAAAGCGAUGGCCGAUGACGGGGUGGUGUGGUACACCUGGCACGGAUGGUGGUACUCCAUCAAAUCUGUCGUCAUGAUGGUACGAGCUGCUGACCUCGAACAUCCGCCGCCAGUCAUCCCCUCAUUACCCGGGGAACUUGACCCCGGCAAAGCAGGAGGCAACAAGGUUGAUGAUCUUGUAAAUUUCCCCGUUUUGGGAUAAAUAAAGGAUU